CAUUCCACAAGUGAUAAACGGUUUUUUGUUCUACUGAUGGAUAAGUAAUACUCGCUACACUUUUUUAUCAAGCAAUACAUUUUCUGAAUUACCUAUCCAUCUAGGUGGUUUGACGUUAUUACUUGUUCCGUAAAAAAUGCCAUUCAUUCCACAAGUGAUAAACGGUUUAAUUGGAUGGAACAAAAGUUUGUCCAAUAUCUCUUGGACUGGAAAACUGAGGUUGAUGUUCUGUACACUGGUGAAGAAAAGCGAAUUUUGGCACGAAAUACUCUUCAAGGACUGGUGUUCACCUCCUUAAAUUUGGUUGCCUUAGCUAAGCGACUGUUGGAUGAUCGCCCUAAAAAUGGUCUGAAAUAUGUUUGCCUGGGUACUUUUACGCAGGAUGUAUUAGAAGCCACCUUCGGUAAUUUGAGAAACUCAAUGAGACGUAACACAAAUCCAAAUAUAUCUCGAAUUGGCUACGGAAUAACCGCUAUUUCACAGCGAAAGGCAAUCAAGCAGAUUAAGGGUGGAAACACCACUUACGGUACAAAAAAUGCAUGGACUUCUGUUUGCAAUGAACCUUUGGUUAAAAAGGUAAUUUUAUGUUGGGUGAUGCCACAACAUUAACAGUUUUAUUAUGUUACAGGUUAAACUAAACCAGCCACAUUGAGCCUGCUGGUGGUACAGGUGAUACCUCCUCCUUUGAGGGGCUAAUACUCAAACAGUUGUUUGGGGGGGACUGGGAAACCACAAAAGUAAUCAAUUUUGGUAUAUUUAUUAGUUUGCACUUAACAUGGAACAUACUAACUGUGCAGCUAGAUGUUGAGGCAUACCAAGUUUCAAAUUAGCAUCAAUACCAAGACUUGUAUAUUGCAUGUACAACUUAUCUAUGUUUUUUUUUUCUUUUUUAUACUGUACUAACAAACUUUUUAUAGUACUCAUGGAUACUUCUGAAGGUUUUGUAUGAAUAUCUGGUAUACUAAUUCCAAUUGAUCUGCAUCUUUUAACUGCCUCAUCGUAAACUUUAUGGAUUUCUUCUUCAUUAUUAUUGGUUCAAUGCUU